AUGUCUACUAAAGUGUCGCAGCCUGGCCAAGGUGUGUCUGCUGGACCUGCUGCGUUUGCAAAAAACUCAAGCCAAACGUCUCGGCCUGGUGGUUUUCGCUUGUCGACGCAGUUUGGCAAGUCGGCUUCGCAAGUCUCGCUGAGUCCUGAAAUGAGCAGAGGGCGCAACUUUUCCACACCGGCUACUGCACGAGGCCGGGCUCGACAAGGUCGCAGUGCUUCCACGGCCAAUGUCAGCUCGAGUAUGACACCGACGCCGGGUCAGCGCCGUCGCCGCUUCAACGAUACCCGUGAGAUCGACGUUCUGAUUAGCGAGAUAUCAGCGCAUUCACGUGCCGCUCAGCGCAGCAACCCAGCGAGCCCGUAUGGGGCUGGCGCUAUGUCGCCCAUGUUAUUUUCGCCAUCGACGGACUCGCUUGCUUACGGUGCAGGGAUCGGUAGUGGACCGCAGUCACCAUACAUCCCGGGCUCUCCAACCAACAUGAGUCAAUCCAGUCUUUUGCGUGGACGUCCAAGGAUGGGACGGCCUGGCGCUCUGAGCUCAUUGUCUCAGCUAGAUGUUACAGGCAUUUCACAGAGUGAGUCGGGCCUUUGCCGUGUUGCUAUUCCAGAGGGUAUGGGCGUUGGUGUGACAGACAGCCCUUACCCCGCAUUCCUUCGUAAUGACUCGGAUCCCAUGUCGGAGGGCAAUGGUCUUCGUGGUCCUGCAAUGACUAGUAGCUCAGACAUGCUUCAAGACCCAGACAUGCUCUCCAUCGGACGUCCACAGCCAUUCAAGUCGGUGAAUUCGGGCGUAAGUUCUGGAAGUCCGAAGCAGCCAGAAUUUUCUCAAGAUGGUGGUCAUGCCUGGGGCGGCAUCAAUUCUGCUCCUCGUAUCACCCGUGAUCCAGCGUCUGUUGGCGGUGCAACUGGCUCUCCGGCCACAUCGACUGUGCCGAACAUGACGAUACGACCUACAGUUGCGCCAGCAACACCUACGGAGCCAACCAAGCCCGAUACUCCCACUGGCCAACGUCCUACUCAGACGCAGCCCAAGCCUUCAGCCCCUAGCUCAAGUACUAGCGCGACUCCAGUGACGACUACACCAACUAAGCAAGCGACAGCGUCUUCAUCAAUGCUAAAUCAUCGACGCUCGAUCGGUACACCGACUCUUACACCCCGCCGACUCUUUUCACGUCGCCACGCAUCGCAGCCUACACCGAAAGAAUCCAUUGAUAAGAUACCUCGGUCCGAGCAGAAUGAUCAAAAGCGGAGGGGGCUGUUUGGCAGCUUUUUCAAGAAGUUCAAGACGCCAUCUAAGUCGAAACCAACCUCGCAUGCGGCAAGCACAGGUCCGGCAACAGGUCCUGUAAAGAAGCCGCAAGCGCUCUCUCCCUCAAAUGCGGUGAAGAAUUCGACUGGACCUGCUGGCAAGAGAGACGCACAAACUCCCUCGUCAGUGAAUAAUUCUACUGCGGCUCCAAUGGUGCCAGCACCUGCUGGGCCUGCUAAGCCCACAUCAUCAGUGCCUGCUGAUAAUGUUGGAGGGAAUCAUGCGACUGGAUCUGUUUCGGAUACGGUACAGUCCAAGUCGCCGCCAGCGUCGCCACCGCCAUCGUCGACACCACCCGUACAGGAGUUUAUCACGACGACGCCGGCAACAGCAACAUUACCUUCAACUGAAGCACAAAAGUCAUCGCCUUCAUCUUCGGCCAUGACUGUCGGACCACAGGUUUCCCAAGUUGAUGCCAACCAUGUGCCAGAACCAGCGGCUGAGAACUCGACGGAGCUACGAAGCCGAUCUCAACACAACGAAGUUCCCGCACCCUCGGUCGGUGCACAUGCGGAUGCUGAUGGCUUCCUGAAUACUACGCGCCCGAUGUCACCAUUCAAUGUACCUCCAUCCGUUUUGUCGUCGCUCAAUUUGAGCGCAGAACAUCCUGCUCCCCAGGGUGAGUCGUCGAGGACGCCUACACCUAAGCUUCAUAAGCCCGGCACGCCUGAGCCCAGUGCUCAGCCGCCAGUUCCUCUAUCGAGCAGCGCAGCCUAUGUACCGGGCUCUUCGACGCCAGUGGCGGCUAGGCCCGUGUCACAAAGCUAUGAAACGUGGAUCCCAUCAUCACAGUCCGUGGCCUCGUCUCUGUACCAGCCAUACACUGAAAGUGCAUUGCCUUACAUUCAAUCCACGAACGAUACUGCUCCUCCCGUUGCCACUCACUUAUCGACGUCCAGGGCCGAGGGCACGUCACCUGUGGCUGUACCACCUAUUACGUUGGGUAGCACCUCUGAGGACGAUGCGUCAGACGCGCGCCCGUUGUUAGGCUACGCAGGAACAUCUGCUUCGCAUGCGUACGGAUCUAACAAGGAUGCACAUGCACCGGUAUCAUCAACAUUUUCUCCAACACCUGCACCAGCUCCUCUGACGGCAGAGCACCCAUCGUCGCCUGUAUCACCUGAGCUGAAGCCACAGGCUGCGAUGCAUGAGGCAUACCAUCUUAGACCUACUAGUCCUGAGUCUAAUUCGCGCAAUCCUACUGCUUCGAGGUAUUCGGUGCUGCAGCCUGCGGCUUCAAGUCGACCGACGAGUCCUUUGUUAUACGAGUCUAACGCUCCUGGUCAAGGAACGUCCGCGCAUGGCUCUGACUUCUCGCAUGCGGCUCCUUCGUUUACUUCGCCAAGUAUUUCGACGCUCGACGCCCAACGCCCUGUCGUUACAUCUCAAGCACAGCGUGCUCAAUCACCAGAGAUGGCCCCUGUGUCACACACGUCGGGACUGCCUUCAUACCUCUUCGCGUCGACAGAACAGUCAGUCAUGCCGUCAGCGACAUCUGCAUCUUAUUUGACGAGUGAACCAGCUCCUCCCACGACCCAAAUCUACGCAGCUCCUUCAUCGCAAUCUUAUGCGUCAUCGUACUCACCUUUCAGAGGCUCGAACGAAUCGCCUGUUUAUACCACAACGGUGCCUUCGACAUCGGUGUCAGCUUCUAAGAAUUCACCAUUUGAGCCUCUGGAUAAGCCGUCAUCUCAUGCAUCAUCCUCUUACAUGCCGACUUCAUCCUCGCAUAUGUGGCGAUCGAGUGACGAAGUUCUGCGGUCUGUUAUUCAUUAUGAUUCUGUCGACGAUGACAAGGAAGAUAGCUCAGGUGCUGCAUCACGGCCCGUCUCACCAGGCCAUAACCUAUGGCGCACAUCAUUUGGCUCGAAUGGAAAUGCUACAUUCGAUUACGAUCCACGCACAAGUCCUAUCGUGUCGCCACGUCGCGAGCCGGUUGAGUCCAUGACACCCAAGUCUCUUUCUGGAAAUGAUUCAUUUAGCGCCGCUGCGAUGUACUCGUGGCAGACGACGCCACCAACCACGGUGCAUCACUUAACGUCCGACACGCCUUCGUCGUUGUACCGGGCACCCGCGCCUGCCUUGCCAUCAGAGACUCCGACUAAACCGGUGGUCACCCCGAACCAUCAUCUGCAAAAGCAACAAUCUCGUGUAAUGUCGCAGCGGCCUUUGCGUCCUCAAGAAUCAAAGGAAGGCUUGCGGACGUCUGAGUCCAGUGAAAACGAAGGUUCUCGAGGCUUGCAGCUUUCUCCGUCUAUGCAAGAUCUUGUUAAGCUUUCUCUUAUGGACUCAUCCACUCUGAAUGCGGAUGUGGAUGUUUUAGGUUGA